AUGGAGUUUCAAGUGGUAUCAGAGCUCCGAGGAAAGGGCCAAGAAAACCAUAUUUUUCAUGUAUCAUUUGAAAAGCCAAUCUUAGAAGCAAUAGAAAUCGCUCAAAAUGAUAUCAAUGACUAUCUCACCUCAAUAGUUGAAUCAUCCAUUGAGCCAGACCCUCACAAAAAGCAAAAACAUUCAGAAGAAUCUGAAGAAGGUGACCAAUAG